CGCAGCCCUCGCGCAGAGCAGACGGCAAGAGCGGAGCCUGUCAGCCACUGAUUGGAGAUUCCAUGCUUACACUCUUGUUCGAGAGGCUCACAAGGGCGGCCGUGAUCAUGGCUGCGCGUUGGUGGUUCUUGGUGCUCCUGUCCGCGACUGUUCAAGCUGCUCACUCGCACACUUAUCAGCCGCAGGAAAACUUUUCGUGCUCCGACCUCGGCGGCACGUGCAUAGCAGAAGACGACGAGUGUUUCGUUAAGCUUGAGGGCACUGUGGACUGUCCCGAGCGCUGGUGCUGCCUCGGCCAACUCGAGAGUGAUGCCCUGUUAAGCGGUGACGGGGUUUGUGCCCAGAGGAAGAAAUGUCGGAGGAAGGGAGGCCAGUGCAAGGUAGCGUGCUCCCUCCACGAGAAGCUGAUUCAGAAUGGAUGCAAAGGGAAACACUGCGUCUGUUGCGCUCCGCUGCCCGAAGUGUGUGAGGAUCAGUCUCUCUGCGAAGACGGUAGAGGCCAAUGCAGAGUGUCCUGUUUGAUCGGGGAAACGGAGUCAUCUAGCAGCUGUGGCGUCAACUGCAAGUGCUGCCUAGCCUUAACUGAUGUGUGUCAGGACCACCACCCGUGUGAUCAGGGGCGAGGGCAGUGCCGCGACGCCUGUCUGGUCGGGGAGACGGAGAAGGCGGGCGGCAAGUGUAGCUGGGGCUGCAGGUGUUGUGUCACGCUGUCUGAAGAGUGUGCCGAUGUGGACACGUGCGUCAGGGCUGGCGGCGAGGUCAAGAGCCACUGCAACGAGGCGGAGAAAGAGGUGGCGGGGGGCUGCUUCGACAAGUUCUGCUGCUGUGCUCCACUUGACGUGUGUGGGGACAAGGCGGCGUGUAACAACGGCCGCGGCCACUGUCGCCCCAAGUGCUUCGCCGAAGAGAGAGCGAAGAUUGGCCACUGUGGGUCCGGAUGCUUAUGUUGCGUGGCCCUGCCCAACGAAUUUGCCGAAGCGAAGAGAUGCGUCGAGGCAGGAGGUUCGAUCAAGGCCCACUGCGCCGCCACCGAGAAGGAGGUGGCUGGAGGCUGCUCGGGUACCAACUUCUGCUGCUGUGCCCUGAAGGACGCCUGCAAGGCCAAAGCAGGAUGCAGUCACGGGCGAGGUACCUGCAGGAGCGCGUGUAAGGACCACGAGCAAGCGACCAGCGACAACUGCGGCGCCUUUUGCAAGUGCUGCGUGGCUACGUUUGAAGAGUGCUCCCCGAAGACGGAGUGCAUGGCUGCCGGGGGCCACUGUAGCGUCCAGUGUCCGCACGGGAGUAAGAAGAUCAAGAAGGCCUGUCACGGGUUCAAGUGCAAGUGUUGUGUUCACCCAGCAGCCGAUUUGCAUUGCCAAGCCCAACUAGCGUGUGAGGGAGGACUUGGGCAUUGCAGAAGUGAAUGUAACAGAUGGGAGGACGAGUUGAUAGGGAGAUGCGGAAAGUUCUGCAAGUGCUGCGUGCCGAGGAUCGAAGUUCUCAUCGACCUCAAGAAGUGCACGCAGGAAGGGGGAGCUUUCAAGGGGUCAUGCAGCGACGAUGAAGAAGAGCUGGGAGGAGGAUGCUCGUCCCCGAACUACUGCUGCUGUACCACCAAAAAAGUUUGCUCCGUGAAUCCCAAGUUCGGCAGCUGCCCAGGGCAGUGUCGCCCGUGGUGUGAGGCGUGGGAGGAAGAGAAGCUCGGCGGCUGCAGCCCCAACUGCAAGUGUUGUGCGGACAAAAAUGACGUCCUGAGCGAGGUGGACGAGUGCAUGAAGGCGGGAGGACAGCUGAGGGCUCGGUGCUCCAAGGACGAGAAGGAGGUGGCCGGGGGCUGCUCCUCCAACGGCUACUGCUGCUGCGCUUCAACUGAUAAGUGUCUCGCCAACCCAACGUGUGCCCAUGGGAAGGGGCGAUGCAGGGCUGAAUGCACCAACAGCGAGAAAGAGAUCGCUGGCGGGUGUCACAAGGACUGCAAGUGUUGCGAGCCCUUCUCCGGUGUCAUCACGGUGAAGGAGUUGGAUGCGUGCGUGAGGAAGGGAGGCGCCUACAAGAAAAGGUGCAGCUCUGAAGAAAAAGAGGUCGGGGGACGAUGCUCCGUAAAUGAAUUCUGUUGCUGUGUGCCAAUCAACGUGUGCCAGUCCCAGCCGGCGUGUGCUAAUCAACGAGGGCAAUGUCGCGAGCUGUGCAACACCUGGGAGGAGGAGAAGGGAGUGUGCGGGCCGGGCUGUACAUGCUGCGUGGUGAAUACAAAUGUAAUCACCGAGCUGGAAGAGUGUGUCCGGGUGGGCGGGGCGAUGAAAUCCAGUUGCAAUGAGUUGGAGAAGCCGAUGGCGUGGGGCUGCUCGUCCUCCAGUCGCUACUGUUGCUGUGUGCCAAGAGACGUGUGUCAGCUGCAGCCGCCGUGUGCUAGUAACUUGGGACUGUGCCGCGCAGAGUGUGGCGGCGGCGAGAAGGAGAGUCUCUCGGGCUGCGGUGACCUCUGCAAGUGUUGUGUGCCCACCGAUGAAGUCAGCUCCCAAGACAUUCAAGAGUGCCACCUCUCAGGCGGAUCUCUGAAGAGCGCGUGCAGCUCCAACGAGAGCCAGAAGGGCACCUGUACCAACACCCACUGCUGCUGCGUGCCAAUCGACACCUGUCAGUCUCAGGCACCAUGCGGGAACGGGCUCGGUGUCUGUCGGAAUAAGUGCGAGUCUUCGGAGCAGGAUUCCUACGGUGGCUGUGGAUAUGGCUGCCGAUGCUGCCUUCCUUCUGAUAUAGUGGAAGAAGUGCACAGUUGCCUGCUCCGGGGAGGCACAGUCAAGAAAGAGUGUUCUGACAAUGAGGAGAAGUUCGGUGCUGGCUGCUCCACCUCUGAAGAACUGUGCUGCUGUACCCAGAGGCAAGAAUGUCACGCGUUCCCACCGUGCAGCAAGGGGAAAGGGAUUUGUCGUAGGUAUUGCGAAGACUCUGAGGAGGAAAGCCACGAGGGUUGUGGACACCAAUGCAGGUGUUGCGUUCCUAAGAUAGAUGUGCAAGAUGUUUUGAACUGCAUCCUGGACGGAGGCUCGGUCAAGGAGCACUGCACCAAGUUUGAGAGGGCCGAAUAUUGUGACCAUAAGACCGGGCUGUGCUGCUGCAUUUUGAGGACUGAUGCGUGUCCACCCACGACGUCGUGUUUUGAAAGUGGUGGCAUAUGCAGAGAAGCGUGUUUUGUGUACGAAGAGACAUCAGAUACUGGAACAUGUACCGGGGAUUGUGAUUGCUGUACACCUUCAGUUGACCCGGAGGACGUGAAGACCUGCCUCAAGGCUGAUGGGGUCUUCAGAUAUAAUUGCACAGAAGGCGAACAAACUGAGGAUCCUCCUGGCUGCUUGACCGAAGAAAAUUCUGAGGAUUUGCUGUGCUGCUGUGUUCCAUCAUGAGUAGGUUAUCUUUUUGUAACACAUGAACAUUUUAGCAGUGUUCUUCUUUAUCAUCAGGGGCGUAGCUAGGGGGGGGGCAAGGGGGGACAUGUGUCCCCGGGCGCAGCAUCUGGGGGCGCAAAAUUGAUGUUACAUAAUUACGAAUGAAUUUCAGAAUUAAAUGUUUUCCCCUCUCAGUUAAAUGCCCAGAGAAAUUGGAGAUGUUCAGUGAAAUAAUGGACUGCCGAAUGUUACUCAGGGCAAGGACUGAUGUUAAGCUUUCAGCACCAGAGGACCUGCUUCGCCUCAUUGUGCAGUAUGGGGAUGAUGUAUUUCCAAAUCUGAAAGUUAUGGUCUUCAGAUCUUACUGACUGUUGCAACAUCCAUUGCUAGCUGUGAAAGGUCUUUAUGUAAAUUAAAACUUAUAUUGUCCUGCCUGAGAUCAUCCAUGGGACAGGAAAGAUUGUCAGCCUUGACUUUGCUGAAUGUGGAGCGGAAGGUUACUGACAGCAUAAAUUAUGAGGAACUAAUCGAUAAAUUUGCAGCUGCAGAAGCAAGGAGAAUUUCUUUGAAGCUCCAUUUUUUUUUUUUUUUUUUUUUUUUACGUAUUUGCCUAUGGCACCGGUAGGCUUUCUUGAUGGGGCCUGAUGGGCGGCCCAAGCCCGACGUGGCACAAGCGUUUAUAGUGAUGCCAUCUUGCAUUGGCUCAUGCUGCCCCCCGGAGCUCAUCUUUAAUCCAAAAAUCUAGAGUCCGGGUUGAUAGGUGGUCUUCUGGACAGCAUGUGGGUUGUCUUAGGCCACUCGGCGGUGACUGAAAAAUCCCGGCUUGUGUAACCGGGCGGGGCGCGAACCCGCGUCGUCCUAGACGCGGCGCUGUCACGCUAUUCACUCAGCCACCGCCUCCCCAUACAUCAAAAGCCUUACAUCAAACUAUUUUUUUUUUACUUUGUUAAUUUUUCAGGUUAUUAUAUCUAAAGCAAUGUUUUAUGCUUUCACAAUGUUAUAUGUAUUUGACUACGUAAUAUUUUAUUACAAAAUAAUUUUACAUUGAUUUUCAUAUAUAUUUUCUUGUCUUGAUUUUGACCUUCUCUGUUAUUCAAUUAUAUCUUCGAAGUACCA